AUGGCCAUCUCUGUUCCCAACUCCUGUAGCCCGACGCGGCUGGCUUUUCUGGACGACAAAGGCGGGAAUCCGCCAAAGCAGAGCAUGUGGCACCGGUUGGGUUUGCGAAAAUUAUGGCAGGGCCGCGACGAUCAUCGAGACACGUCUGCCGGGGAGAGUCAAGACGAGAUUUCUCCCCGCCCUUCUUCUGACCACUCCCGCGCCAAACAAGACAACUUGACACGUCGACUCUCGCGAAAAGUUGGCGUCGGUCUACCACGAACCACCCCCUUUAAAAGACAGAGCUCCGAUCUCGAGCGACUAGCUCCUCGGGAACCUGAUCACCGCCGUGCCCUUUCCGCCGACCGCCGCCCCUUGAUCCGCGCCCGAGGUUCAGUGGCCCGGCCCGACUCCCACAACCACGGUCGACGACCCCCCGAACCACAAUCCGAAACGAACGAUGCCGACGAGAUUAACGAUAUCUCCGAAAAUUCGAACCCCUAUCCUGAAAUGACGACGGAUAAUUUCGACGCACCAGAAGAGGAGGAGGAGGAUGAUCACACAAUCGAUCUGGAUAUGGAGCUGGAACAACGGUGGAUUUUGAACCUGAGCAUGCACUUCCGAGAUGGUUCAGAGCGGGAGAAAUUCUUUGUGACGUACGCGGAGACACCGAAUCGAUGGCGCCGAGUGACGAUUUCCUGCGAUUACCACGAUGCGCCACCUUAUUCACUGGAGCGGGAGUUGAAGGAACUGCGGUAUCAGCGCGAUAAGUGUGCGCGGAUCUACGAAUCUAUUCGCGAGUCCCUUCUUGCGAUCCAAUUCUAUGAAGGUGUCACGAACCUCAGACUCGAAACGAGCGAUGGCCGCUUACACGUUCAUGUGACGGAGGACGUAAACGAAACAAUUCCGUACCCGCCCAUCUCCAGUAUCAGGCAUUUGGUCAAUGCUCCUAUCAUCCCCGAAGACUCGUUGCACUUCGAAUCUCAUUUAUCCGGCUUUGUUUACAAAAUAAACCUGGACGGACGUUACUAUAUCAAGAAGGAAAUACCGGGCCCCGACACUGUGGAUGAGUUCCUCUACGAGAUUAACGCUUUGCAUGCGCUGAAAGACCGCCCAAGCGUGAUACAGGUGGAAGGAAUCGUGAUAGAUGAGUGGCGAGGUGUCGUCAAGGGCUUGCUGAUUAGCUAUGCAGAAAAGGGUGCACUGGUUGACAUUCUGUACGAGCAACGCGGGAGAACAAGCUUUGCACGACGCGAGCGAUGGGCAAAGCAGAUUGUCCAGGGCCUCUGUGAGAUCCAUGAGUCGGGCUACGUGCAGGGCGAUUUUACACUCGCGAACAUUGUGGUGGAUGCAGACGACAACGCUAAAAUCAUUGAUAUCAACCGCAGGGGAUGUCCAGUGGGAUGGGAGCCUCCGGAAAUUGCCGCUAAGAUUGAGAGCAACCAGCGCAUCUCCAUGUAUAUUGGCGUCAAAACUGAUCUCUUUCAACUGGGCAUGACGCUGUGGGCGUUGGCGAUGGAGGAGGACGAACCUGAACGACAACCGCGACCUCUUCGACUGGGCGAUGACGCGAAAAUUCCAGACUAUUACCGACGGAUAGUGGAUAUUUGUUUAAGCCCGACUCCGCGACAUAGGCUCUCUGCGAAGGAUCUUCUCUCUAUGUUCCCCCCACUGCCGGAAGCCCGGGUAUCAACACCUGUUCAGCCACUGGAGACCAUUGCCGACGAUUCUAGGCACUUGCCAAUUAGCAACUGGGCUCAGCCUCGGCCUACUGGGCUUGGGCUGGCAUCUCCAGGGGGCAUGAUGCAGCAAGAUGACCAUUAUUACCCCCAAAAGGAGUUUUCGGGGAAUUCCUAUGGUGAUCUGCAACACCCAAUAUUCUCUGAAAACCACGACCUCGUCAAGCGAUCAACAAUAACUCUCGCAGAACCCAAUGGAGACAUGGGAUUCCCAUCUAAGCCAUCUUCUUCCUCUACCCUGAAUCACCACGAACCUCACAACCAUGACGAGUACAUGGACUUCUCCCGCCAUUUCAAUGAUGGCUCGUCACCCUACCUAUCCUCUGACAGUCAGAAACCAGAAGCUAUUCCAGUUUCUCAGACAAGAUCAAUGGGCAAUGGCUUCCACAACCACCCGGUGGAACCACCGGCCUUCCCAAAUGAGCCCAGCUAUCUCGAAAAUGCCCCCAUGAAUACUCAGCAAGAGACAGACGAUGAGCCGACCAAUAAUAAUUCCCGAGCUUUGCUUAGCUCUGCAAUCACCGCGCCUCCUCCACCCCCGCCCCAAGUCAGCACAUCUCUUCUUGAGUCGCAGAAACAGGAGGCUCUGAAUCGACCAAGUCCAAAGGCCGUCAAUGACGAAGGUGACCUUGAAACCCCAGCUUUGCCCAUCAACCCUACUUUGCGUGGCUCCGGUACAUCAAGUGGCAAUCAGGCUAUCCCUUUUCCGACAAUCCCAUCUUCAAUUAAGCAUGCAAAGCAGGACGGCGUGGAUCAGCUACGUGCACAGGUCAAUGACAAGGAUGACCUUGAAUCUUCGUCUUUGCCCCUCAGCCCUACUUUCCGUGACUCUGGAAGUUUUAUCGGUCUUCAGAACGCCCCUCGAUCGGUGAAAGCUUCUUCUAUCGAGCCGCCAAAGCAGAAGUAUGCGGAUUUACCAUGCGCAAACGGCGAAAUAAAACCUAAAUUCACCGAGCCAUCACCCUCAUCAUCAUGUCUGUCUCUCUCGGAACUACCUAUCAGCCCUAGUUUCCGUUCUGUUGGACCUUCCAUCGGCGCUCCGGGUACCACUUCACCGCAGAACUCUUUGCCUGUCAAACCGCCAAGGCAGAAUAACGUGGACCAACCACGUGUAAAGGCUACCACCUAUAUCAAGCCCAUACCCACAACACCAUCAGACUCAACAUCUUCCCAACCUCUCCCAACAUCAGCUAUCAACCCUACCCUAGCUCGCUCUGGGCCUUCGCUCGAGCUCCCGAGCGCCUCUCGAUCAGUGAAGUCUUCUCCUAUCGAGCCACCUAAGCAGACUUAUGCAAGUUCACCAUGUGCAAACGCCGAUAUUAAACCCCAAUCUACCGAGUCAACGCCCUCGACAUCAAGCCUAGCCCAUUCCGAAUUGCCUAUCAGCCCAACAUUCCGUUCUUCUGAGACUUCCAUCAACACUCUAAGUGCCCCUUCAUCACAGGGUUCUUCUCCCAUUGAACCGCCAAAGCCGGAUCAUGCGAUUAUGCCACCUGAGAAAGAUAUCACACUCACAUCACCGUCAUCGCCAUCUCGAUUUUCUUCAAUGCACAUUUCGAGCCUCCGUCACACCGGGGCUUCCAUUGGCUCUCUGGGUACGCCAUUCGCAACAAGUCCAUCUGUCGUUGGAAUUGGACUUUUAAGGCGGCCAUGGGAAAAACCAUCUGCAAAUAAUCCAGAUGUCAAGUCCACAUCGACAAUGCCAUCAGGGUCAGCCUCGUCCCCUGGGAACUCUCAGACUUUAAGAAAGCCAGAGAGCGCCACUUCGCCGGCCAAUACAUACCCCAUCGAAUCGCAGAGGAAUGAACCCUUGGGCCGAUCCAGCUCAAAGACAGCCGAUGUCAAGCCUGCACAAACAAGUCCACUGAACUCCAACUCGAAUUUGCUAGGUUCGAAGUUGCCCAUCAGCCCUGCUCAUCCAAAUUCAAAGCCUAGUUCCACUUAUGCCGAGGUCGAGGUGGCACGCGCUGUUCAUGGCCCAUCUUCACCUCAGGCCAAACCGAGCAUUUCGAGCCAGGCACGUUUUUCCUCGAAUCGAAACCAGUCACCAAUUUAUCCCCCACGAACAACUUCGUGA